UUCUUAGAAAAAUAUUAGAUUCAACAUAACAGAUCGAUAAAAGUCAUAAUUAAGUAUUUAUCUGUUAUGUUAAUCGAUUUCAAAGCAAGUAAAUCCUAUUUUCAAACGGAGUAAACCAUCAACAUUUGAGGCGUGUGUUCACGUCAUUACGUAUUUUUGAGCGCUUCCUUCCUUUCUAGAAGGAGCGUGGUGAAGAUGGCGGCGGAAAACUCGGUGCCGAGUGAUCUUUUCAAAUGCGUAUAUUCCUUUCUGUUGGAGAACAAGUUCACCAAGGCGGCUAACGAGUUCCUGAAACAGACCAAAGUUAAUGCGCAAGAUCAAAAUGAAGAGAGCCUUGUCAGCAUCUACAACUUCUGGGUGAAGUCACCUCAGGCCAAGAAACGAAAAGCACCUGACGCUGUUAAUGGUCCUUCAGCCAAAAAAGCAAAGCCUGGUGCAGAAAGCUCCAGCAGUGAGGAAUCGAGCAGUGAUGAAGAAGUUGAUGAAAAACAGAUCAAACCAGCAGCAGUAGCCAGCGCAGUGUCUGCAAAACCUGGAGCUGCUAAAGCAGCAUCCAGUAGCAGCGAAGACUCAAGUGACUCUGAGGAGGAGAAGACUGCUGCAAAAGCUCCUGCAAAGGCACCUGUUAAAGGACCACCACCUCCUGCAGCAACAGGCACGACAAGGAAAAAGGACAGCAGCUCGAGCAGUGAAGAAUCUGACUCUGACGAUGAACAGCCAGCCAAAGCUCCUGCACCGAAAACAAGUACUGGUGCUGUCACCACACCCAAAGCAGCUGUUCCUACCAGAGGUGCAGCUCAGAAGAAGCAGGAGAGCAGCAGCAGUGAAGACAGCUCCUCAGACUCCGAAGAUGAGCAACCUGCCAAGAAGACUCCAGCUAAACCUGCCGCAGUAACAAAAGCAGCUGCAGCUGAGUCAAGCAGUGAAGAUUCUUCGUCUGAGGAUGAAGCUCCGCCAAGCAAAAAACCCAAAGCAGGAGCUUACAGUGCAGUCCCACCUCCUGCUUCAAUCCAGAAAGCUCCUGCUGCGCCAGCUGCCAGCAAGGCCAAGGCCAGUGAGUCUUCAGACAGCAGUGAUGACAGCAGUGAUGAAGAGGACAAAGUGGCCACAAAACCUGCACCUGUAAAGAAAGCCAAUACCAAACCUGGCAUGGCUAAACCUGCAGCAAAAAAGCAGGACUCCAGCUCAGACAGCUCAGAUUCAAGUUCAGAGGAAGAAGAGGCCAAGAAGCCUGCAGCCAAAGUUACCCCAGCUAAAGCAGUCAAAGCCAAACCUGCCCCAGCUAAGGCAGCACCUGCUACCAAUAAAGACUCUGAUGAAGAGUCAUCAAGUUCAGAAGAGGAAGUUAAGAAGCCUGCAGCAAAAGUGACUCCGGCUAAAUCUGCCCCAGCUAAACCAGCUGCUGCAACGCCUGCUUUAGAGAAGGAGAAGACAAAGAAGCCCACAGCUAAACCUCAACCUGCCAAGACAGCUCCAGCUCAAAAAGAUGAGUCCUCAAGCUCAGAAAGCAGCUCUGAAGAUGAGGCUCCAGCAAAACCCUCAACUAAAACUGCAGCCCCAAAGGCACCCGUUGCUGCCUCAAAACCAGCUAAGGCAACGGAGUCUAGCUCUGAGUCGGACGACUCCACUGAUGAUCAAGUACCAAUGAAAGCUAAGCCAGCCGCUAAAUCACCUGUCGGUGCUUCAAGGCCUACUGCUCCUGUUUCAAAGCCUCCAGCAGCAGCAGAGAGCAGCUCAGAUGCUGACUCUUCUGAAGAUGAGGAGGAACCAGCUAAAACUAAGCCUAUAGUAACCAAAAUGGCUCCAGCAUCAAAGCCCACCACUCCUACAGCUAAACCUGCUGCAGCAGCUGAGAGUAGUUCUGACUCUGACUCAUCAUCAGAAGAUGAAGAACCAGUAAAGGCUAAACCUGCUGCAACAAAAACGUCUAAACCAGCUACAAAGCCCGCUACUCCUGCAGCUAAGCCUGCUGCAGCAGAAAGCAGCUCAGAUUCUGACUCCUCCUCAGAGGAUGAAGAACCAGUAAAGGCUAAACCUGCUGCAACAAAAACGUCUAAACCAGCUACAAAGCCUGCUACUCCUGCAGCUAAGCCUGCUGCAGCAGAAAGCAGCUCAGAUUCUGACUCCUCCUCAGAGGAUGAAGAACCAGCCAAGGCUAAACCUGCAGCAGCUAAAGCAGCUACCCCGGCUUCAAAGCCUGCGACACCUGCUGCAAAGUCUGCUGCUGCAAAGUCUGCUGCUGCUGAGAGCAGCUCAGAUUCUGACUCCUCCUCUGAAGAUGAAGAACCAGCCAAGGCUAAACCUGCAGCAGCCAAAGCAGCUACCCCGGCUUCAAAGCCUGCGACACCUGCUGCAAAGUCUGCUGCUGCAAAGUCUGCUGCUGCUGAGAGCAGCUCAGAUUCUGACUCCUCCUCUGAAGAUGAAGAACCAGCCAAGGCUAAACCUGCAGCAGCCAAAGCAGCCACCCCGGCUUCAAAGCCUGCUACACCUGCUGCAAAGUCUGCUGCUGCCGCUGAGAGCAGCUCAGAUUCUGACUCCUCUUCUGAAGAUGAAGAACCAGCCAAGGCUAAACCUGCAGCAUCUAAAGCAGCUACCCCGGCUUCAAAGCCUGCUACACCUGCAGUGAAAACUGCUGUUAAACCUGCUGCUGGAAAAGCAGAAAGCAGCUCAGACUCUGACUCUUCCUCUGAAGAAGAAGAGCCAGCUAAGGCUAAGCCAACAACAGCAAAGAAAGCUAUCCCACCAUCAAAACCCACCACACCUGCAGCUAAACCAUCUGCUGCAGCAGAAAGCAGUUCUGACUCAGACUCCUCCUCUGAAGAGGAAGAAACGGCCAAGGCUAAACCAACAGCGGCCAAACCGACAGCAGCUAAAACUGCUACACCAACUUCAAAGCCUGCUACUCCUGCUGGAAAAGCUGGAGCAGUACCACAAAGCAGCUCUGAAUCUGACAGCUCAGACUCUGAGGAUGAAGUAGCCAAGCCUGCAGUGAAGAAACAAGCCACAGCAGCGGUCAAGAAGCCUGCAGCUGCCAGGGCCACAAAGGCUGCAACAACAUCAACAAAAAAGGCAGAAGAGGACAGUUCUGACUCCUCUGAUAGCUCAGAUUCUGAAGCUGAAGCCCCCCCAGCUAAGCCUGCAGUCACCAAUGGCAAGGCAUCAACUCCCAAGACAAACACAGCAAAGGUUGCAGCAAAGCCAACACAGUCUUCAUCCAGCGACGACAGCUCUGAUGAGGAGGAAGAGACUAGUAAAAGUAAAACAAAACCUGCUACCCCAGUUGUAGCAGCCAAGACAACCCCAGCAGUUAAACCUAAAGAGAAAAGUAGCAGCUCUUCAGACAGUUCAUCAGAUGAGGAAGACGCACCAAGUAAAGCAGCCACUGCACCUACCACCCCCACAAUAAAUACCAAUGGAAAGAGAAAAAGAGAUGAAGAAUCAUCUGACAGUGAAGAGGAAGAAACACAAUCAAAAACGCCAAAAAGCAAGAAAGUAACAACCACACCGCAAACUUUUCCAAAAGCGAAUAAAAAGUCUUCAAACGUACCCUUCCGUAGAAUCAUGGAGGAUCACAUUGAUGUGGAUCCUCGUCUGACAGACAAUUCGUUUGAAGCCAAGCGUGGAGCUAACGGAGACUGGGGCCAAAAAGCUAACGAAGUGCUGAAGUUCACUAAAGGCAAGUCGUUCCGCCAUGAAAAGACGAAGAAAAAGAGGGGGAGCUACCGAGGCGGAGCCAUUUCCACUACAGUCAACUCUAUUAAGUUUGACAGUGACUGAGGACCCUCUCACUCUGAUCCUCCUGACUUUAACUGUACUGUACCCAAUGUGAUCAGGAGCCGGUUGUAUGCUCUCCAACCUGUAAACAAUCUGUCACAUCACACUAUCAGAAAACAUGAGCUGAGAUUUAUUUAACUUCUGUUAGUACAUAGUGAAGACUAAUUAUUUGAGGAAACAGUUAGGUGGAGCUGUGGCAGCAACAAAUAUGUUUACAGUGGUAACAUCAGACUGUACUGGUUGACAUUCAUGUGAAAUUAUUACUUAUAGCCACUAGGUGGCUGCAGGCCCCCAAGUCAUGGUACAGGGUCAACAUGUCUGCCCUUUGUUAGCUUUUACCUGGUUAUCAUGUGAUGAAUGCCCUGUUAUUAUAGUUUAACUUUAAUCCAUCCUGACAGCUUCUUUGUGUGUUAAAAAGCAGUUCUUUCUUUUUUAUGAAAUGGAUCUCAUGCAUUGUUAGUCUAAUUUUAUUUGGCCACAUUAACGUAGGGAGAGGGAAUGUUUGGGCUUUUCUCUAAAUGUUGCAAGUAGAACAGUUUUAUACCACAUUUAUUCAUUUUUAUUCCAUUUCACCCUUUAGGACCUCAGAUGUGUUCUCAAUUGAUUUCUUAAGGACAUUUUUGUUUGUUUUGGUGUUGGGAUGCCCAUGUUAACCCUUCCUGUUUUGUUCAUCAGUGGCAUCUAAGUAAUCAGAACCAAGAGCCAUGUUUAAAAUUACGGUAUGGAUUUCUGUGUACAAUAAUUUUUUUUAAUGCUUGUAAUUGUAAAUAAAGAUUUAACAAAAGUGAUCAGCUUUGAUCUGAUUUCAA